GAAGAAAGCCCUACUAGGCAGAUUCAGCUCCUAUUGUCUUUUCAAGCUACUUCCAGGAUGAGUUACAAAUGACCAGAAUACAAAACAACAGCGUUCUCUGGACUAUAUAGUUGCUCAGGCCCAGUAACACUCAGAAAAGAAAAAUGUACAUUAAUUUCAAAAUAGAUCUUAUAAAUAAAACUGUAUCUAAUUAUCUGACUUAGCAGGAAAUUUUGACAAACAAUAAUAAUCGCAGACUUCAAUGCCUUUACUUGUUUCUAUAUUACACAUAUGUCAUGUUUUAAAUGACGACAUGCAAAACAUGCCGCCAUAUCAUGUUUUAAGUUGCAAGGUCAAACCAACCGCGUUCUGAGUCAGUCACGUGGUACAGCCACCUUGCGAGCCUCGUCCACCAAACACUUCCGGAGCCACAAGCCUUCGUAAAAAUCCUUCUGGAUUACUCGUCACAAACUUGGUCCAUCAAAACUCGUCAGAAAAACCAACAGCACUCCGAACUUUGUUGCUCGUGGUUUAAGUGGAACUAAAACUCCUCAAGACAGAGAGUGGACACCAGCAGGCAUCAUGGCGAACACCGAGUUAUCCGGCCAAAAACCAACGGCUGCUGCUGACAACUGAGAGGAGGAUUACUUUAGGGAAAUGAGCGACAAACCAGCGUGGUCAACCGGCAGACAUUCAGAGGGACUACUGUGGUGUGGUAACAGUUCGCACCACGGAGGAAAUUGUAGUUUUAUACUCGGAACAAUAUUUUUGUUCUAAUUUGGCAAAUUACUCAAGGAAAGAACGUAACAGCUAGUUGAACCUCUGUGCGCACACGUAGGAAAAUAACGAAGAAAAGAGGCAGGGUCAGCAUGGCUACCCAGCAGAUUGCUGUCUACCAGGAACCGCACACGUCCAGAAUCAUCCAGAAAGCGCAGUUAACCUACAAACUGUACUUGCUGGAAAAGGCUCGAAAUAAGCUGGAGGAAGAACUUCGGGACUUCACUAACCAGGCCUAUGAAGAUGCACAUGGUGUCCUCAACUCAUCUAUCCCAAACCUUUGGUUCAAAGAUGUCAUAAAGGCUCUGGACAGAAAGUGCAAUGAAAUUUGGAAGCUCUUGGCUUUGUUAAAGAAUCACAAAGCUGACUACCAAUCAUUUGAUAGGGUGAGCUUCAACUACUUUCAGCCACUCAAAGCCGUUCUGUCCCAUCAGCAGUUUAAAGUUUCCCUCGAUUCCCUGCGCCCUUUAAGCCAGCAAGAUGGUGGCAAGUCAUCAGACUUGGUCAACGUUCCUCUGACUCCAAGCUCCUCCCGUUUAAAGCCGGAAAAGGAAAAGGCUGCGUCUGAAGAUAAAAACAAAGAAGUCUCCAUGCACAUCCCAGCUGCCAUUAUUCAGAGCAACGUGGUGAGUGAGGGGAAGUCAGAAGUCCUACUACCUCCUAUCCAAGACGCAUUCUCAGAGAAGUCUCAGUGCAACCUGAAGUCUCAAGUAAUCUGGGGUCAUGGCGAUGACGUCGAGGUGCUGCACCAAAAGCAAACUUCCUCCCAACUGCUGCGCUUUCUCAAAGAGAAAGCUAAAACCAAGGGUUCACUCAAGGUCACUUGUUUGGAGCAGACUAAAAGCAAAUACAAGGCAAACAAUUCAGGGUCUCUCCUGCGGUCGUCGCCUACCGUCAAAACAAAAGGCUAUCAAUUCAGACAUGUUGUGACAGACGACUCAGUAGACGAGCGGGGACCUAAAACGUUGCACGCAAACGUUAACCAGGCUCCGGUUUUCCAAGUGAAAAGAGUCCACUCCUGCGGAUCUUUGAUCUACAGUUGCGUCAUUGCCACGGAAACUGAAUUGUGGGACAUAGGCGAUAUCUUCACAGAGGUCUUGCUGGAGGAAUCUGUUCAUAGCACUGCUUUGGAUACUGAGAAAUGGCAACAAGCACUUGCUCAGGUGGAGAAUUCUAGCAUCGGUAUAGAAUUAAAACCCCAAACCCCGCAGCACACGCAAACCCGACUCGAAAAAAGCGACUCGGAUCAUCCAGGUCGCCUGGCAACUAGUACCGUAAACAUUCCCGAAUUUGAGAUCCGGAAGUUUGAAGAGACCGAAGUGGUGGUGUCUCAUGUUGUCAGCCCCAGCCACUUCUACAUUCAGCAUGCAGACUCCCAUAGGAAACUGGAGGCUCUUUUUACAGACCUUAAAGUCGGUCAGUUAUACGCCGAGCAGAACUGCAUCCCAGACAUCGGAGCUCAGGUCGUCUACUGGUCUCCGCAAAGCGAACAGUGGUUCAGGGCUCAGGUGGCUGGGAUUUCUGGAGUGAGCAGCAAUGGGACUGGGAAGAAGUCAUCCAUAAACGUGGAGGUGAACAGGUUGGACUACGGUGACGGCUCCUGUGUGUCACUCUGCAAUAUUAAGCAGCUCUCCCCAGAAAUGGCGGUGCUUCCACUUCAGGCUCUGCAGGUCUCUAUGGCAGAUGUGAUGCCCAUUAAUGGCACAGACUGGACUGAGGAGGCGGUGGGUUGGUUCAAAGCAAUAGUACAUGACAGGAUGCUGUAUGCCAGACUGUAUCCACAGGGGCCCACGGUUACAGUUGAGCUGUUCCUGGAAAAGGGCAAACUUGGAGCUAUGAGGAGGGGUGCAUCUCUGUCUUUGAGAUUAGCCCAAAAUGGACAUGCGAGGCACAGCAAAGUGAAGAACAAUUGUCUUCUGAAAAAGAGUGCUAUUCAACGUAAAAUGAAGGAACAAGAAUCUGAAUGGGAAAAAUAUCUCAUCUCAUGCUACUCUCAAAAUAAAAAAUGAACCGUGUGAGCCGACACUGAAGGAGAUUGUAAGCUGGUGUGAGAACGUUUGCCAUGUAGUGAAAGAAGCUUUUAAUGUACGCAAUCUGUAGCUCUGAAGUAUUGACUGAUUUGCAGUGUGUGAAUAUAUACAGUGGAUUCAAAAUGGGUUUCAAAAGCCUUUUAACUUGGAGAACUCACUCUGGGUUCAGUUUUUGAUCUGUGCAUCGCCUUCCCAAAGCGAGUGUUCAUUAUGUGUGUAAUUUUUAUACAAACUGCAGUGAUUGAAUUAAUAUAUAUUUUUAUUUUAAAUAAUUCUGAGUAGAAACUUCCCUUUUUUUUUUUUUUUUUUGACUGGACUUACUGUAGAACUACAUUCUUUGCAAGUUUGCCUUUAAAUUGAGUAUUUUGUUUUUAUUUACAUUUUUUUUGUUUUGUUUACAACGAAUUUCAGUGAACACAUUGUGAAAGUAUGUGAAAAUUUACUUUAAGCGUAUAUUGCUACUGUCAGUUAGCCUCCUCAAUAAACAAAUCGACCAGCAAACCCAGCUGGGUUUCAGACUUGGAACUGGACCUUUAUGAAGUUUCAACUUCAGAAGUCUCUAGAAAAUAGCAUAAAUUGGUUCGCUACAUUAUAAUUGAUAGGUUUGUACUUAAACGUGCUAAUAGUUUUUGCUUUACAAUUAUAUCCAAGUGCCAUUAAAAGCCAGACCAGCACUACUGUACUGUAUUGGUACCUCCACAGAGAAACACUGACCUACAUAAAAGGACCUGAUUUCUUCCCUCAGCAUCUUGUUCUAUUCUUUUUGCUGCUCCUUUAAAGUUUUUAAUGUAUGCAACUCAUAUUCUCACAGACUGAGAUUUUGUGUAAAAAAAAAACAAAAACAUAUGUGAUAUUUAGGUUUAAGGAGGGACAUAAGGUGCAUGAUUAAGUAGUCCCUCUGGAGAGUGUCUGAACUGAUGGUGCACCUGGAUUCUCUGUAUUAUAAAAUUCUACUUGACUUGUCUGUACAUCAGAUUAGUUUUAUUUCUUAAAUUCAUUUCAAAGUUCCCUGCUUAAGAUCAAAAAGCCACAUUGGUUUCAUGUCCAAUUGCAUGUCGAUUUCCAUGUGUGUUCCUGCUUUUGAAAUAAAGUUACUAUCAUUGGCA